GCUCCCCCUGCCCGGCCGAGGCAGGGGCUCUGAAUCAAAAUGGCGGCGGCCGGAGCGGGGCCGGGAGGGAGCGGGCGGCGCUGAGCGGGGAGGAUGGCGGCCGCGAACGGCUGCCGGAGAAAUGGAGGAACAAAAUGCUGGAUCUGGGACUGAGGACUUAUAAAGGAUUAUGGGAUUAUACAUUGAAGAGCCAGCAGGCGGAAUGCCUGAGUGACUGAAGAAAAUGGGUGCUAAUGCAUCUAACUACCCUCACUCAUGUUCCCCAAGAGUAGGGGGAAAUUCACAGGCGCAACAGACAUUCAUAGGAACAUCAUCCUAUUCUCAUCAAGGUUAUGGCUGUGAAUCAAAGCUCUAUAGCCUUGACCAUGGCCACGAGAAACCUCAAGACAAGAAAAAGAAAACCUCUGGCCUUGCCACCCUCAAAAAGAAAUUCAUUAAGCGUCGGAAAUCCAGCCGAUCUGCUGAUCAUGCUAAGCAGAUGAGAGAGCUCCUCUCAGGCUGGGAUGUCAGAGAUGUUAAUGCAUUAGUAGAAGAAUACGAAGGGACGUCAGCCUUAAAGGAACUUUACCUACAAGCUAAUUUGGCAAGACCUGAAGCCAGGACGCUACAAAAAGACAUGGCUGAACUUUAUCAGUACAAAUAUUGCACCGAUGUAGACUUAAUAUUUCAAGAAACUUGUUUUCCUGUGCAUCGUGCAAUAUUAGCAGCAAGAUGUCCGUUUUUUAAGACACUGCUUUCUUCCUCACCAGAAUACGGGGCAGAAAUAAUAAUGGACAUUAACACAGCUGGCAUAGAUAUGCCUAUGUUUUCAGCUUUGUUACACUACCUUUACACAGGAGAGUUUGGCAUGGAGGAUUCAAGAUUCCAGAACGUUGAUAUUCUUGUGCAGCUUAGUGAAGAGUUUGGAACACCAAAUUCAUUAGAUGUUGACAUGCGUGCGCUGUUUGAUUACAUGUGCUAUUAUGAUGUGGUUCUUAGCUUUUCCUCCAACUCUGACUUAGUUGAAACUUUUGGUGGAAGUCAGAACUGUCUAGAAGAAGAGCUCAGAGCUCACAAAGCUAUUAUUUCAUCACGAUCGCCGUUUUUUCGUCAUUUGCUGCAGAGGAGAAUACGGACUGGUGAAGAAAUCACAGACCGAACUCUACGAACUCCAACUAGAAUUAUAUUGGAUGAAUCUAUCAUACCAAAAAAAUAUGCUAAGGUCAUCUUGAACUGUAUGUAUACAGAUGUGGUGGACCUCUCAGUUUUGCACUCAAGCCCUUCAGUGGGCAGCUUAAGUGAAGUUCAGGCUCUUGUUGCAGGAAAACUAAACAUGACUAGGGCUGAAGAAGCUAUGGAGCUUUACCACAUAGCACUGUUCUUGGAGUUUAACAUGCUUGCACAAGGCUGUGAAGAUAUUAUUGCUGAGAGCAUCUCUCUAGACACCUUAAUUGCCAUUUUGAAGUGGAGUUCUCAGCCAUACGGUUCGAAGUGGGUUCAUCGUCAAGCACUGCAUUUCCUCUGUGAGGAGUUUACCCAGGUCAUGACUUCAGAUGUCUUCUAUGAACUAAGCAAGGACCACCUGCUUACAGCUAUUCAGUCUGACUAUUUACAGGCAAGCGAACAAGAUAUUCUAAAAUAUCUCAUUAAAUGGGGAGAACACCAGUUGAUGAAGAGAAUAGCAGACCGAGAGCCUAAUUUACUGAGUGGUACUGCUCACAGUGUGAACAAAAGAGGCGUGAAGAGGAGAGAUCUUGACAUUGAGGAGCUGAGAGAGAUCCUGUCUCCGCUUUUACCUUUUGUCCGCAUAGAGCACGUCUUACCUAUGAGUAGUGAAGUACUGAGUGAUGCAAUGAAGAGAGGCCUGAUUAGUACUCCUCCUUCAGACAUGCUACCAACAUCAGAAGGUGGAAAGUCGAAUGCCUGGCUGCGACAAAAAAAUGCUGGAAUAUAUGUGCGGCCGAGAUUGUUCUCACCGUAUGUGGAGGAGGCUAAGAUCUUGAUGAAAUUCCACCGGAAACAAAGCAGCGUUCUGAGGGAAACCUCCCUGGUUUCCAGCCAGUUUGCCGGCCCAGCUCCUCGGCAGCCCACCUGGCAGGCGGAUGGCAAGUCAGUACUGGAUGAGAUGAUGGUGGAACAAACUGAUCUCGUUCGUUUGCGGAUGGUCCGAAUGUCCAAUGUGCCAGACACCCUUUACAUGGUAAACAACGCCGUGCCGCAGUGCUGUCAUAUGAUUACCCACCAGCAAGUUAGUACUAACCAGUCCAGUCCUCCUUCAGUCAUAGCCAAUGAAAUCCCAGUUCCCAAUCUGCUUGUUGUAAAGGAGAUGAUCAAACGACUGCAGGAGCUUCGUCAUACUGAGCAGGUGCAGAGAGCUUAUGCUCUCAAUUGUGGAGAGGGUGCCACAGUCAGUUAUGAGAUUCAGAUUCGUGUGUUGCGGGAAUUUGGACUUUCUGAUGCUGCUGCUGAACUUCUGCAGAAUCCUCACAAAUUCUUUCCUGAUGAGAGGUUUGGGGACGAAAGCCCACUCCUGACUAUGAGACAGUCUGGACGAUGUCGUGUGAACAGUACUCCCACUGCAGAAACCCUGUUUACAGAACUGGACUCUUUUGUGGCCUUCCAUCCACCGUUGCCCCCUCCUCCACCUCCAUACCACCCACCAGCAACUCCUAUUCACAACCAGUUCAAAGUGGGCUGGAAACAAAGGGUGCCAAGUCAACAUCCCUCCCGGUCCUUUUCUUACCCAUGUAACCAUUCACUGUUCCAUUCCCGAACGGCUCCCAAAGCUGCACCUCCUGUCUACUUGCCGAGUGUGAAGGGAGCCCCUCCUGAUUGCACUAACACUACAGGCCUGGGGAGACAAACUGUGGCUGCAGCAGCAGCGGUGAUGGCAGCCGAGAAGCAAGCAUGCACUCAGCCCUUGCUAAAUGAACUGAUGCCAGAUAUUGCAAUGGGGGUUUCAGCCAUGUCUUUAAAAGACAGAAGACUGCCAGAGCUGACUGUCGAUACAGAGCUAAGCCAGACGGUUACAGAGGUAGGGCCUGGUCCACCCCAGCACAUUUCAUGUAUUCAGAGCAGACACAUGCCUACUUCUCGAAAGAAACAUGCAAUAGAGCAAAAAAUAGAUGCUCGAGAAAAUCAGCAGGAAUAUCCUGACUUCUAUGACUUCUCUAAUGCUGCGUGCAGACCUUCCACUCCAGCACCAAACAGGCACAGUCCUUUGCCUUCACAAGGCAUAUAUUAUGGCCCAGAUUUGUAUAGCCACAAUAAGGCAUCACCGAGUGGCUUAAAGCCAGCUUAUCUACCUUCCCAGAUAUCUCCUAAAAAGCAAGAGGAUUCUAGGAGGGAAUACCUGAUCUCCCAAGAUGGGCAUCAACACAGACAAAAGAAUGAGCCAAUACACCUCGAUGUCUUAGAACAACCUCCCCAGCGACUGGACUUGGCGUUGGCUACCCAGGAAAAUGCUGGUAAUGGGCCAGUUCACAUCAGGGGAAGAACAAAAAUGGAAACUGACUUAACCUAUGGGCUAACCUCCAACAGACCUUCUCACUCUGCAUACAGCUCUGAAAUGCAAGAAGAGAGAGUCAAUAGGAGAAUGGCAGAUGAUGAGCCAUUGGAACAUGGAACACAGAGAAGUGCGGAUUUGGAAAGGGAAGAUGCAGUGAGCAGAGGAAGGAGGUCUCCAAAUAAACCAGACUUCCUGUAUAAAAAAUCUGCCCUAUGAAAGCAACCUCCACUAUUUCUCUGUGCCUAAGAGUUGUAAACUUCCCAUUCUUUGCAACUUUUGGCCUGACUUCUGUCAGACAAAUUCAUUCAUGCCAGCAGAUAAAUUCACUUUCAUCCUUUUAUUUUGUACAUACAUUGCUUUACUACAGAUGGCAUGCUAUCAGAUUUAAUGCUGCUUCUGGUUUUAUUUUGUGGGAAACCAUUUUUUUCUUAGCAAAUUUAAUUAAGCCUUUAAAAAAAAAAAAAACUGGUACCUUUUUCUACAACCUGGUAGCCUUUUGCACCUGUACAUCUAUUUUAGUGUAUUAGUUUUGUACUAAUCUGUUAAACUUUAUUGUCACAUUUAAAGGACUGUAUUUUUCAUACUUUUUGCAUUUUCCCUUUCACCUGCCGCUUCCCUAUGUGCACUGAGCUGCACAUUAUGAAAUGUAUUUUCUUAUGAGAUAGCAACAAUGUGUUUAUUUUUUAAUUAUAGGAAUUCCAAAGAACAGCACAUCAAAACACUACAUUUUCAGUUAAAUUUUUUUCUUUAGAUCUGAAAUCUUCCUGAUUUUUAUGACUACAGCAAGAAUCCAGUCUAAUGUUUUGUUUGAAAGGUUCUGGCAGCUGGUCUUAUUUACCUUACAGCAAGUUCACCCCAAGAACUAUACAUGAGAUUUCAGGUGUCCAAGGUGAUAUUUAGGAGUCUAAAUACCAGUAAAAUUCACCAGGAUCUGAUUCUGUUUUCUUUGUGGUUCACACUUAACUGCAGAGAAUUUGAUGAUCAGCCAAAAACACUUAUUAGCCAGACUAGAGUUGUUUAUUUGACCACACAGAAAUGAAUCUAGAAAUACUGUAAAAGGGAGAGUAAUAACUUGUUCUUCCAGCUGCCCCCUACCUGAGAGUAAGUGAAGAGAGGAGUUGAGGAUUCACACUAACUCCUGGUGUGCCAGUAAGUCAAGGCAUAGUAUCCUGUGCUGUUGCCUGAAUAGUAACUCUCCAGUUGAGAGGGUUCUCUCUCCACCAGAGGUGCUGAGGUGACUGCUCAUUGCCUUGCUUUCUCCUGCCUAUGGUUUAAAAAAGGGCUUCACUCUUAGAGACGUUUUUCAGUGUUCCUUAUCUGAUCUGAAGUAUUGCUGACUUGUAAUUGCCACUGUUCUGUGAAAAAAAUCAUAGUGAAGAGUAACUAUUCCAGCAUUGUGUGUGAAGUUUUAGCACUCUUAAAUUACAUUUCUUAUCCCCUUACCUUACUUUUUUUUAAAGAACAGAAAUGAGAUUCAUCUCAUACUAUCAUAUAAAGAAGGAAGGAUUUGGGGCUGGCUCCCUCCUACUGGAUUGAGAUUCACCAAUGCAACUGUGUGACAGUUGUAGUUCAGUGUAUUCUCCUUAGUACUUACUGUUUAAUUCUUACCAUGGCUUCAUUACACGUAAGGUAGGGAUCUGGUGCCAUUGCAGUGUAAUGAUUACUGGUAAAGACCUGAUUGGUGUGAGGUUUUUUAAUUUUAUUUAUAUUUUUAAUGCAUCUUCUAUUGUGAGGAAUUUCCCAUUAGCUGAAAACAUUAAUCUGAAGUAUCACCUAAUAACUACAUCAAGAUUAAUCAAAGUUAGGCUGUUUCCUGCCUAACCAACUCAAAAUGCUUAAUACUAUUCAGAGAAAUCUUGUAGCAGACUUACUUUUAACUGAUGGCAGUUUUUCUUACACAUCUUUGUUUUAUUACAGCUUGAAAGGCUUGCUAGCCACAAACAAUUUUACUGAAAUAUGUUAAAUAUUGCAUUCCAGAAUUACCAGAUAGCUUAUAAAGAACUGAAGACGUGGGGUUUUGAGCCAAUAAAUCCUAAUGCCUCCUCUAUAUGUAUGCCUUCUGCUUCUAUGAAAGCUCUGCAGAUGCUCUUUUUGAGGCACAGCCCUGAAAGGCACAGUGUAGGGUUGGAGGAGAAACAUAGCUGAACUGUGCAGGUUUUGUGGGUGAGGGAAGAUGUUUUUUUCCUUCAUUAGCCUCUUUUAAACCAUUUUUUUAACCACAGUUGAAAUGAGUGCUGACCUCAUCAACAGUGCACAUUACCUCUGUGGGGCUGCCGUGUAGAAUACUGUUAAAUGUCAGGAGGUGCUGGGGGAGCAGUGCUCCUGUGGUUAAGGACUGAGGCUCACUGGAUUUAUUCUGAAGACUGAGCACAGUGCUGUCUUACUUUGUAGCUCUAACCAGACACUUUGGUCUCAUGCUUGUGAGCACUAAAGCAUUAACUUUCAUCACAGAACCUGAAACUCACUGCAUGUGCAUUAUACACGUGUUGUAUCUUGACUGCUAAAACAUCCUAGUAAGUUUUCUGAGGACAGCUGUCCUGAAUAACUUACUUUCACCUAGAAUUCAUAAAUACACUUUUGUAAGAAACUACUUUGAUCCACAGUAGUUUGUGGCACUGUGUGCCUGAGCUGAGGAGAGGCUGAAAUCUAGACUUAACUUCUGAGCUUGAAAUCUGUGGGUGCAUGGCUGAUACAGACUGAGAAGUUUUGAGGCUACGAUGUGAGGGAAGUAAUAGAUUAGUUUGGCUUUGGAAUCAGCUGCGAGAAAUGCCUUUCUGGAAUGGAGGACAGCUCUACAUUUUAAAAUACAGAACUGCUUCUGAAGUCUCAGAAGCUGAGCAGUAUUAAGGAGAGAAUGAAGUAUUUAAAAGAAGGUGCAGAAGAAAAGGCGAGUCCUUUUGAGGCCAAAAAGACAAUCAGGCCAAAAAGACAAUCUGUUUUCACUUGUAUAUUUUGAGUUAGGAAGAUGGUAGCAGCUAAUGGUGGCUGUUCUUAAGUUGAAAAGAAGGAUUUGUCCAAUUACUGGAAUUGUGUUUUUGUAGUCCAGGGUGGAGUUUCCUACCUAGUUGGUUUGGGGGGGGAGGGAGGGGAGCAGACCAUCUUUAUUCUUCUUCAUGGAAGCACCAAUCAGAAGCUCGUUUUCCUGUAUUUUACUCACAGAACACGCACACCUAUGCUACCUGCUUCUUGUUGUUCUCUUUCUACUGAAACUUUGGUGCAAAAGCUCCUUGUUUACAUGAAGCACUUUCUGAUUAGGCUGGAAAUUAACAUGUUUUCCUCCUACAAAUCUGAUGGAGAUUGUGGAUUAGUGACUAUACAUUGCUUUAGGAUAAGGGUAUGAACAUUAAGCUUUCUUAGAUGAGGAUGAUUUGUGUUCCUUAUUCUACUAAACAGAGAGCUCGGACUUUCAUGUAGUGAGCAACAUGCAAAAACUUCUUUCCACUUUCCCUGACCCCUUCCUCUUUUCCUUAAUAUAUGGACAAAUAACUUAAUUCCUGAAACAGAUUCUUCCUUUGAGAUGUUUUAUUGUUACCGUAGUUGUGUGUUAAUAACUGCUGUGUUGAUGGGCAGUUUCUUGUUAUAUUUUUCAUUUCUGAAAGCUAAGGCUGUGGCCACCCUUACUUGUAAGCCUUGGUUUUGGGUCCCAGAACAUCCCAAACGUUUGUCUUUAUGCGUUUCUUUGAUUUGGGGUUUUCUGAAAGCAUACACGUGCUGUUUGAGGCACUGUUAUUUCUUCUAAUAAUUAUAUGCUUCUAUGGUAGAGGUGGUGCUGGGCUCUGCUAAAAGCAGGGGACAGCUGAGAUAAAACUGUAAAACCAUAUUUGGGUUUUCUGUGAUUCUCUGUAUUCCGGGAGGCAGCCUUUGCCUUCUGCAGCGUCACAGUUCUGUUUCUUGUCCUUGUGUUGUUACUGGUAUAAAGUCAAGUGCCUUCAAUGCUAAAGGCUCAGAAAAACUUUCUUAAACUGACUUCAUGUCCUAUGCAAGUGUUUUUUUCUACAACCUGCAUAACCAGUACUUUGUAAAACUUGUUUACGCUUCAAUUGUACAUAGUGUUUUUUAAGAAAAAAUAGUAUUUUUAUUUAGGUACCUCCAAACUUGAAUUCUAGUCUUGUGUGAUACAUUGUAAAACAAUACAUUUCUCUUUUGAGUACCAUUACAGUUGUAAAAAGGUUUUCACUGGUUCUAUUUUUCUACUGUUGCUGAGAAGCAUGUAACACUGACUUUAUCCUACGUAUAGUUGGCAUUUCAAAUAAAUGGCUUGUAUAGAA